AUGGCCAGAGCAGCCAGAGGAGCAGAGAGGUCGAGACCAAUCCUGAAACCUGCACCUCUCAGGCCGAAGCUCACAUUCACACCCUCCACCAUGAAGGUCUCCGCCGCCCUGGUGUGCCUGCUGCUCACAGCAGCUGCCUUUAGCGCCCAGGUGUUCGCCAACCCAGACUCCGUUUCCAUCCCCAUCACCUGCUGCUAUAGUGUGGUCGAUAAGGAGAUCCGCGUCCAGAGGCUGAAGAGCUACACGAGAGUCACCAACAGCCAGUGUCCCUGGGAAGCUGUGAUCUUCAAGACCAAAAAGGACAAGGAGAUCUGCGCGGACCCCAAGGAGAAGUGGGUCCAGGAUACCAUGGGCCUCCUGGACAGCAGGGCCCAAGCGCUGAAGCCUUAACACGUCACACCUGGAUGCAGAGACCGUCAGGGCCUGAGGAAACCCUUAUUUAUUUCCCCUCAACCUUCCCCAGGCGCAGAUGGCAUUAUUUUAUUACCAUGUACAUAAUGUAAAGCGAAACAUUUCUUAGAUAAUAUUUAAUUAAAUAUAAGCUAUUGAUGGUUUGGCUUUAUCUGCUGUAAAUCCUAAUGAAUGAAAAAUGCCAAACCCGGCGACCUUUUCCUUUCCUGUGAGCCCAGCUAAGUUCACGGCCAGGUGUGAUCGUUCUCCCUCUCACGUGCCUUCAGUGUUGGGAAUCCUCCCGUGGGUCGUCAGAGUGAAAGACUUCUGGGCUUUUGUAAGUGUAAGCUAUGUAACGUUGUUGAUGAAAUUAAUGUUAUUAGGUAACUAUGGAAUUUUCAAAU